GGGGAAAUCGAAAGCUAUGAACACUGCUGGGAGGAGUCCUAUUUCAUCACCACUCUCCCCAGGGAAACAGCACAGGAUCAGACAUCUAGCACUGCUCAAAUCAGGAACUUACUUUGUAACCAGUUUCCUUGUCUUCCUUGUUAUUUAGUAGAUAUUACAUUUUCUCAGCAUUUAAUGAGAGUCCAGCACCCUGCUGUGUACUUUUUGAGAGAUUUAUCAUCCUACACAAAAUAGACAAGCCCUAUUUCCUGCCUUGUUGAGGAUCUACAAUCUGGACGUUACUGAGAAACUUCCGGGAGAUAAACUAGGAACUGAACACUGCUGAAAAAAUUUCCAAGAAGUAUUGUGCAUAGUACCUUCCAGAAUUAGAAAAUCUAGCCAGUGGGGAUAAAGAUUUCCAGGAUUGUCCAUAAUAUUAGAGAUAAUGAGUGAGUUCAAAAAAAUUGUUCUUCUAAAAGGAUUAGAGUGUAUGGAAGACUACCACUUUAGAAUAAUUAAGUCCUUACUAAGAACAGAACUACACCUGUCUGAAAAUAUGCAUAAUGAUUAUGACAGAAUUAAGAUUGCUGAUAAGAUGGAAGAGACAUUUCCAAAAGAUGCUGGACUCAACAAACUGAUAGAAAUUUGUCAAGAAAUUAAAGAUCUUAAAGGCCUUGUUGAAAAUCUUAAAAAAGAGAAGGCAAAAGUUAAAAAGCCAAAUAAAGGAAAAGUAAAAACUGCAGUGAAAAAAAGGAAGCAAGAGGAAGCCAGUAGUUCCCAAUCUCUUUCCACUGAUAAUGAACCAAACAAGAAUAAGCUCUCUUCAAAGAAAAAGAGUAAAACAUCCACAGGAACUGAAGGUGGCAAGAAAAGGAAGCUUACCCAGGAGCAGAGUCAGCUUCCAGAAGCUCCAGAAAACAACACACAAAAAGAUGAAAGUUGUCUCCAAACUCCUCAUAAGCCUCCACCAAUACCACCCAGCAGUUCCUCCAACAAGAAACAGAAAAGGAAAAGUAUCAAAAGCGAGAGUACUGUGAAGACAGAGAUUUCCCAGGAAGAACAGCAGCUUCUAGAAUUUUCAGCAACCAGCAACUCCUCAGCUACCAGGGAACUCCAGAAUCACCAAGGACUCUUGACAACAGCUUUUAGCAGCCUCAGCCUCCAGAUUCUCCAGACACCUCCAUGCCUCGCUUUAAAAACGUCUCAGGGCUCUCCAGCACCACCCUGCCAGAAUUUUCUAGCAUCUCCAGUAUCAGACUCUAGCAUCCAUCUGAACUCUCAUUUUCAUUUAAUCCCGUCCAGUGGUGUCCAGGCUCCUCAGGUACCUUCAGCAACAACAUCUGUAAGUCUUCUGGCUCCAAGGGAGUCUCCAGCAACAGUAAUCAGUGCUCUCCAUGAUCCUCCGGGGUCUCCAGCAACUACAAGCAGCAGUUCAUGCAGGACACCAAGAAGGGGAAAAAUACCCAAGGAACCUGCUAAAGAAGAAGGUCACCAUCAAGAUCCCAAAGAAGUGAUGGUUUUGAAAGUAACAGAACCAUUUACUUAUGAUUUGAAUGAUGGCAAAAGGAUGUUCCACGCCACUGUGGCGACUGAGAAUGAAUUCUUCAGAGUGAAGAUUUUUGACCCAGACCUAAAGAACAAGUUCAUUCCAAAUAAGAUCAUUGCCAUAUCAAAUUAUUUUGGUAAAAAUGGGUUUCUGGAAAUACAUGAAGCUUCCUGUGUGUCUGAUGUAGACAAGAGCAGAACGAUGAAUAUUUCAAAAACACUGAGGCAAAGAGCCAAUGCGACUCCUAAAAUUAAAGAUCUUUUCUUGCAGGCAAAGGGGACAUAUGUGAAUGGAGAGUUUGUGGUAUAUGAGAAAACUGAGAGGGAUUCCUUCAUUUACUAUGGAAUUGAAGAUAAAACAGAGAAAAUGGACGUGGUGGUCUAUGGAAGACUGACCAGUGUAAAGUGUGAGCCAGGCCAAAAACUUCGACUUGUCUGUUUUGAAUUGUCCUCAAGCGAAGAUAAACCGCAGCUGAAGUCUGCAAGACACAGUAACAUGCAGGUCGUCAAUGUCAAAAAGAAAGUCCCUCAAACCUGAUUCAUAUCUGAAAACCUGGAUGCCAAGAAUACUGUUUAUGCAUAUAAGAUCCAAGUCCAGAAAAUAAAUAUAUGUAUGAACUGUUGCAAUACCAUAUCUAUUAAAGCCAGCCCUUUUUUUAUGGUUUUCCAUGACGGGAUUUCUCUGUUUAUUCCUUGCUGUCCUGGAAAUCACUUUGUAAAACAGGUUGGUCUUGAACUCAGAGAUCUACCUGCCUCAGCCUUCUGAGUGCCUGGAUUAAAGUUCUGCGCCGCCACCAAUGGACCUGCUCUUAAUUCUAGGAAAUGGUACUUUCUUAUAUUCUUUAUAAACUUUUGUAUGAUCUAAGUUCCAUGUUUUUAUCAAUAACUUUUAUACUUGUUAAUCUGUAAGUUUUACUUAUAAAACUUAAAUAUAAAACUAUAUUUUCAAUAAA